GUUCGGAUGGACCGAGUACUGACCUCAAUCUGCCAUUUGCAUUCGCGAGAUUCAGAAGCUCGUACACUCGACUUCUCAAGGUGACUCGAGCUCAACACUGACACCAUCAACUUGUGAGCUGCUGCCAUCUGAUCAUCCGGCAGCCUCUUUCCUUCUGCCUCGAGAUCCAUUGCCCGUUAGCUGACCUAAGUGAUCUCUCUGCUGCGUUUCUGUCCUCUCAGAGCCAUUGAGGUCCUUUCACCCGGUAUAUCCUCCCAAUCUACUUGCCUCAGUCCGACCCAAAGCCCCCUCCCCUCGACCUCGAAAACUUCGGGCUCCAUUCCCCGCCGCGCUCACCCGCACGCCAAAUGGCCGCCAUCCACCGCCCCGCGCACCUCACGCACCACGCCGCCAAACUGGCGUCGGCGGCGUGCUUCGAAAAGGCCCAGGAGAUCGGCGUGCCGAUGAACAUCGCCAUCGUCGACGCCUCGCUCUACCUCCUCCACUUUGAGCGCAUGCCCGGCGCGAAGCUCACCUCGGUCGACAUCGCCAUGAACAAGGCGUUCACCGCGGCCGGCCACCGCGCGCCCACCUCGGUCUACAAGGAGGCCGUGUGGCCCGGCGGCCCGGCGUUCGGGCUCAACAGCAGCAACAACGGCAGGUUCAUGUACGUGGCCGGAGGCAUCCCCAUUGUCGUCGAGGGCGAGGUCGUGGGCGCGAUCGGCUGCAGCACCGGCACGCCCUCGCAGGAUACCAAGGUCGCGCAGGCGGGUGUCGAUGCCGUGAUGGAGUACGUCAAGCAGAGUCAACCAAAGGCAAAGUUAUAAACCAAAAAAGUGCAUUACAUUGGGAAGGGGGCGAUGGGUACAGGUUUUAUGGUUCUCUGCUACAUUGCCCCAGCAGUCAUGCUCGAAAUGCUAUGAUGAGACGUCUUACGACACAUGUCGAGUUGCGUACAAGCAACCGCAGCCCCGUUCACUCAACGCCUUGAGUCUUCCAACAUGCCAGACUGUGACGGAACAUGACUGAAGCUCGCUCUGAUCUCUGACGAUCAACACAAAAGAAAUUUCUUCGGGGAGGAUUGCAGGCUGCGGAAGAAACGAAGCCGCCCACUGGGAUGUGAAGAUGUAGACUAAUUGUACAGAGUAACUUUUGGACAAUCUUCCCUCUGGUUGUUGCUUCCUCGUCGUCCCCUUCUCUCUACCACGGAUUCAAGCAAGCAGAGCUCUCCAACAAGGCGGGCCCAACCCAUCGUCGUCGAGGAAUUUCGGCACAUCUGAUAUCCAUCCUGCCCGCACGAGUAGAGCCAGGUCAACUAUAAUACCGAAUACAUGCCUGGGCUAUGAAAAUGGGCGGGGCCAAAAGGAUCCUAAC